CUCGGUUAAUCUAGCAUUUUCUCUCGUCACAGUCAUCUUUCUUCGAUAAAUGUAACUAUCUCUCCUCGUUUUCUUCUUCAUACUUGCCUCAUUUUCCUCAGAAUCUGGUGCCUAGCUUCGGUGAAAUGGGAAUAUACUCUAGGACGGUUGCUGUGUCACUCAUUGUGUCGUUCCUGCUGUUUUUUUCUGCCUCUUCUGAGCGCAACGAUGGGACCGUUAGAGUUGGCCUGAAAAAACUCAAGUUGGAUCCCAAAAACCGUCUUGCAGCACGCAUUAGUUCCGAGCAAGAAAAGCCCCUGAGAGCUUUUAGUCUUGGAGAUUCUGGAGAUGCUGACAUUGUCGCGCUGAAGAAUUACCUAGAUGCCCAGUACUACGGUGAGAUCGCUAUUGGUACUCCACCACAGAAGUUCACCGUGGUUUUUGAUACUGGAAGCUCUAACCUCUGGGUGCCAUCAUCAAAAUGCUAUUUCUCAAUUGCAUGUCUCCUCCAUCCCAAAUACAAGUCAUCACGUUCAAGCACAUAUGAGAAGAAUGGAAAAUCCGCCGCAAUUCAUUAUGGAACUGGGGCAAUUGCUGGGUUCUUUAGUAAUGAUGCCGUCACGGUUGGCGACUUAGUUGUCAAGGAUCAGGAGUUUAUCGAGGCAACCAAGGAGCCUGGUAUAACAUUUGUUUUAGCAAAAUUUGAUGGUAUCCUUGGUCUUGGAUUCAAAGAAAUCUCUGUUGGAAAUGCCGCUCCUGUUUGGUACAACAUGCUCAAGCAAGGCCUCAUCAAGGAACCGGUGUUUUCAUUUUGGCUUAACCGUAAUGCUGAGGAUGACGAAGGCGGUGAACUUGUAUUUGGAGGUGUUGAUCCAAAUCAUUUCAAGGGAAAACAUACUUAUGUCCCUGUGACACAAAAGGGUUACUGGCAGUUUGACAUGGGUGAUGUCCUCAUUGGCAAUGCACCCACUGGAUUCUGCGAAAGUGGCUGUUCGGCGAUAGCUGAUUCUGGAACAUCUUUGCUUGCGGGUCCAACAACUAUAAUCACCAUGAUAAACCAUGCUAUUGGAGCAGCUGGAGUUGUUAGCCAGCAGUGCAAGACUGUUGUGGAUCAGUACGGGCGGACCAUUUUGGAAUUGCUUUUGUCUGAGACCCAACCAAAGAAAAUCUGCUCGCAGAUUGGUCUGUGCACUUUCAACGGUAAACGGGGUGUCAGCAUGGGCAUUGAGUCUGUUGUCGACAAGGAAAACGCCAAAUUGUCCAACGGUGUUGGGGAUGCCGCGUGUUCUGCAUGUGAGAUGGCAGUUGUUUGGAUACAGAGCCAGUUGAGGCAGAACAUGACUCAGGAGCGCAUAUUGGACUACGCCAACGAGCUAUGCGAACGUCUUCCCAGCCCGAUGGGAGAGUCUGCAGUGGACUGUGCACAACUCUCGACCAUGCCCACUGUUUCGCUUACCAUUGGAGGCAAAGUCUUUGAUCUUGCUCCAGAGGAGUAUGUUCUGAAGGUUGGUGAGGGCCCUGCGGCACAGUGCAUCAGUGGCUUUAUUGCACUCGACGUUGCUCCACCCCGUGGACCUCUCUGGAUCCUUGGGGAUGUGUUCAUGGGAAAAUACCACACCGUGUUUGACUUUGGAAAAGAGCAGGUCGGGUUUGCAGAGGCGGUCUAAGCACGGUUUCGCGUAUGGUUUUUAGUUGGGUUUUAUGUGAACAAUCUGUGUCUCCCAAGUCCCAAGUGUUGUUUUUAUGUUUCCUGGAGGGGUUUGUGUUGAAGACUGAGUCGUAGCUACUUUUUUAUAUUUUAUGUUCUUCCUAACGCAAAAAACAAAAAGAAAAAGGCCUUUGUAGUUUUGAAGCAUUGGCUUUGUAAAUACUUUGGAUGGUGUUUUAAAGUCUCUGUCGCCACCUUUGUUUUUUCCCGACUGAUCUCGUAAAAAAUGUUUUUUUACUA